AUGACUCCUUAUGCACUACCGUACAUAAUAUUGCUCACUAUCAUAACACAAAUACUUGCUCGGAUAUCACCACGAACAGAAUUUGUCUAUAAUGUUGUUGGUUGUGUAUCCGGUCGAUUUCAUACUUGUGAUAUUCUCGAUAUCUAUCCGUUAGCAGAUGAAGAAACUCUUUUAGCCAUAGUUGACAUCAAUAACGCAGGUCCUUGGUCUUUACCUUCAUCAUAUCUCGAGAUAAUGUAUAAAAAUGGGACAACUAUACAACGGCCAACUGGUAUAUUCGAUGAAGAUGGAAGAUGUGGAUUUGGUGCAAAAUUUAUUUCAUUGUACGGGAACAAUCAAGAUGAUUCAUUGAUACUUAUGUGUUCUCCAUUUACGUUUCCCGGAGGUGAAACAGCGAUUUAUCAAUUAAAAGUCGAUAUUCAAACUGCUUCAAUUACUCGUCAAAAAUAUUUGAAAUUUCAAUAUGAUACAUCAUUUUCAUACAUUUCAUCUCAAGCAAGUCCACUAAACAAUGUUUACUUUCUCAUUAGUUCAUUUCCUCAAGGAAGCAAUUAUUUUAUUGGUAAACUAAAUUUAAUUAAUUUUACAGUUGAUAAGAUUCCACUUGAGCCAGGUUUCGAUAAUUCUUCUUCAUCAAAACUACCAUUUAGUAAUCAAAUAAUUUAUUUGGAUUCAAACAUCGGUGCAUUCAAUUAUCCGAAUGACGAUAAUAAUUUGAAAUCUCUGUUAUUUUCAACAUUAUGCGGUUAUAUUGAUCCGUCACAAGAAAUACCGUCGUUUUUAUGCACAUAUAAAUACACAGAAAAUGAAUUUCGAUUGAUAGGUAUGAAUCUAGUACCAAAUGCACGUAGUCAUAGAAAUAUUUACUUAUAUUCAAAAUCAUCAUCAUGGGGCCUAACAGCUACCAGUGCAAUUUAUGAGCCACUUGUUUUUUUAAAUACGAAUUUUAAUGCUACGACAAAUUCUUCACAUGACAUUUUGUAUGGAGCUACCUUUAAUGAUACAGAUGCUACACUCGCAUUAACUCAAUCGACAAUUCAUUAUGAUGCAAUAACAAAUGAAAAUAACUGUUUUUAUUUGGCAACAAAUAAGAGACAAGAUACAACAAAUUCGAUUGUUGUUCAACAAUUGCAAUUUGGUAAAGAUUUUGACAAACCUGUGAUACUUCUUGACUCUACUACUGAUAAUUACUUGGAUAAAGCAUUAUUGUUUACAACAAAACAAUAUUUAUUUGUUACACAAAGCAAGGUCGUCUAUACAUAUUCUAUAGAAUGUUAG